CUUAAUUCAAUACUCGCCGCCAUUCCGGGUGGAUUGACAAAAGAACUCCAGCCGCUAGAUAUUGGUGUCAACAGGGCAUUCGAAGCUAGACUGCUAACUGCGUGGGAACAGUGGAUGACAGAAGGCAAACACACAUUCACCAAGACAGGGAGACGGCGCCGGACGACAUACGCCACUAUCUGCCAGUGGAUCCUAAAUGCCUGGGCUGAUUCAGUCUCAACUGUGGUCCGAGCUUUCAGGAAGGCAGGAAUUGUCACUGACCUGCUAAACAGCAGCGACACUCACUCCAUUAAUGACGACUUCGACGAGACAGACCCGGCCAUGUUGGAUGCCGUAUUCACUCAACUGUUUAAUUCGGACACUGAUAAUUCGAGGUAUUCGUGAAUGAGGAAUAACUUCAUUAAGUGUCUGAAGUGUCUCUAUGGAAGAUUACCACAAACUGCUAAAGAAGAUUUUACUGUUGGAAGUAAAAAUUAAUCGGUUGGAAGUGAAUUUAAAAGUGAAUGGACAAUGUGGCAACAACACCACUCUAGCACUCCUGUCGACAGAAAACACUGGACAGCACCAUGCUACAACCCAGCUAACUAGCAACAAUGAAGCUACGAAGAAACGGGAGGCCCCUGUAGAGGGUAAUAAAUCUACCAGCGAUAAUCCUCCCUGGAACACACUCAGUGCGAAGCCAAAGAGAAGACCGCCUCCCUGCGACGAGGGAGAAUGGAUAUCUGGCAGGACCCAGCGCCCCGAUAUCUCUGAUCUGACCGGCUGGCCUGUGCUACUAUUUUCAGCCAGGUAUACUGCGUCAUCAACUCCACUGCCACGUAGGACACACCUGGGACAGCUGAGAAGAGGAGAACUACCAAGAAACCUCCCCAGCAAGCAAGUGUCCAACUAAAGAACAGGUUUGCUCCACUGUUGAUGGACAAUGGAUCCCCCUCUGAUUGCCUGAAUAACCCACCAUCACCAUGCAGAAGGAUGGCUCCUUCUUUUGUGGUUGUUGAGUUCCUUGGUGAACAUUCAGUCGCUGUUGUCCCAACCAAAUGGACAGAAGAUGAUGGAAAGAAUACCUUCUGCUGUUGGCCAAGGCCAAAUCCUACCCACUCCAGAAUCCGGAAAGCUGAGAUUCCUGACAAACAAUUCUGGGAGAAGCUGCCAAUUCAGGUUUUCAGGAAAACAUUGACUGAAGACUUUGACAAGGCCCUUCAAUACGAAAAACAAGCUGAAAUGUUUUCGAGCCCAGAAGAAGUGUUAACCAAACGGAGCCACAUCACCCCUGAACGUUAUAGAAACGAUGAGGAAGAUGUGUUUGAUGCUGACGCAAGUACCAGACCACUUCAGCCAGUACCAGCCAAUACCAGACCACUCCAAGGCAUCCAGGCCGACCUCACAGCCCAGCGAGAAGCAGCACUUCCAGGCUCAGUCCAGACAGGAAUGCAUCCAGCUCAAGCCAGUACCAGACCGCUCAAGCCAGUACCAGACCACUCCAGCCAGUAUGAGUCAGUACCAGACCGCUCCAAGAAGCAGCAGGAAUGCCCUUGACAGUGAACUUUUCCAAUUGAACAUGAAAGUUCAAAAUAUACUUGAGAACCAGGGAGAAAUGAUGCGCAUGCUGAGAGGGCUGGCAGCACAGUCUGUGGGGCCAGAAUCUGUGGAUGUUCAAGAUCUCAUUGAUCAGCCUUUCGAGACUCUUGAGCAGCUGAAGGCCUUCUGUGAACGGCUCGACACUGAUCUUCUGCUCAGAAAGCAGCUGGUGAAAGCUCUUACUGCUCUUGGUGGGCAGAAUUUGGCAGACACGGUGAGGACAAUGCUGAGGAAAAUUGCCACAAACAAAGUCCUGGAGCAGCUUGGCCUCCAUGGAAAGUCAGGAAAAGUGGCAAUUGAGGACUUGACCCUUUACAGAAUAAUAAAUAAGGCAUGCAGGGGUGUUUACAAGCAGACGACCACAGCUGAAGUGGAUUGUGAGCUUGGAGAGGUCCUGAAACUGGCCACUUUUCGAAAGGGAGGUUCAAAAUUUGAGGAGAAGAGGAGGAAUUAAGAGGGAGGACAAAAAAGGAAAAAGAAACAAGCAAAAGAACAGAGUGAGAUGAGAGGAUUUGGGUUUCCCUGCUUGGGCUGCUGCCCCCGCGACCCGACCUCGGAUAAGCGGAAGAAGAUGGAUGGAGGGAUGGAUGGAUUUACUUCCAGGAAGAAAACCAAGAAGGGGCAGGAUACACUGACGCGCACGACCAAGACCACUGCAUUCCAUUCCUUUUAUAAAUGAUAAAUGAUAAAUGGGUUAUAUAUAGCUAUACAAGUAUAUACUUGUAUAGCGCUUUUCUACCUUCAAGGUACUCAAAGCGCAAUUGACAGUAUUUCCACAUUCACCCAUUCACACACACAUUCACACACUGAUGGAGGGAGCUGCCAUGCAAGGCGCUACCAGCACCCAUCAGGAGCAAGGGUGAAGUGUCUUGCCCAAGGACACAACGGACGUGCCUAGGAUGGAAGAAGGUGGGGAUUGAACCCCAGUAACCAUCAACCCUCCGAUUGCUGGCACGGCCACUCUACCAACUUCGCCACGCCGUCCCCAUUUUUGUAUUAUAUCACUAAUAAAUAAUUAUUUC